CCCGGACCCCAUGGUAUGGGUGGUAUCCAAAUACUCACAUGGCCCCUUUCCUUUGUACCCUUCCAGGCCCUGCUUUUUCCUCAGAGGCCAAGCCAAAGCAGAGAGCUUCCUGGGAUGAAGGUCCUUCUGCUCCUUCUCUCCCUACUCCAAGGGGCGGGAGCAUGUGGCCAUAAGGAAGAGGACUUCCGCUUCUGUGGUGACCGAAACCAGACCCAGAACAGCUCCAUCAUCUACGAGCAUGGCCCUGCUGCCAUUUCCAUCGAGAACACAGCCCAGGCACUGAUCAUAAGAAGGCCUUUUUUGCCAAGCAGGAGAAACUCCUCGUACAAUUACAGUUUGCCCCCCAUGCUGGGCAGGUACCGCUUCUGCAUCUGCUGGUUCAGGGCCAACAGCACCCUGCGGCUGGUGUACGGGAAGCAGAGCUUUCUCCUGGGCCGAGAUCCAGUCAGCAGCAAUGCCCGGGGGAAGCAGGGUCAGGAGACUGCAGGAGCCAGCACGUCCAUCUUCAAUGUGUCCUACAUCUCGAAGGGCGGGAAGAACACCUCCCUUGGCAGUACCUCUGAGUACUUCUUCCCCGCCUCACCAGAGGACAUGCCCAUCUGGGAGCAGGACGUGGAGAAGCAAGUUACUGCCUUGGACAGGCUCAUUGCACAGCCUGCGGAGCCAGGCGCAGGAGCCAUGGAGCAGUGGGUGCUUCGUUGCAAACUCAGGGAGUUGGAGAAGAUGCUGACCAAGGUGGAGCUUGAAGGGCAGAACCAGACCUUUGGAAAGGCCACGGUGCAUGCAACUGUCCUGAUUGUCCAGCCCGCUCAGGCUGCGCAGAACCUGGUUUUUGCUUCCCAAAGAGAGGAGGACAGAGAGGUCCAUGGGAUCGUGGUGGACCUGCCGAGUAGCCUGUUCUUGAUGGCAAAGGAGAGGGAGGAGGUGGUAGAGCACAGAGUGCUCCUGAUGGACAUCAGCAGCCAGACCAUGUUCCAGGAUGAAAACAGCAGCCACGUCCUGGGUGACAAGGUGGUCGGCAUCUCUCUGGUGGACACAGUGGUGGCCAACCUCUCUGUCCCAGUGGUCCUCACUUUCUUCCAUGGCCAGCUGCCAAGGAACGUGACCCCACUGUGCGUCUUCUGGCGGGAGGACACCACUGCCAACUCUGGAAGCUGGGACAGCUUCGGUUGUACAACAGAGACAGGGGGCAGCUGGACAGAGUGCAGAUGUAACCACCUCACCUACUUUGCUGUGCUGAUGGUUUCCUCCCUGGAGAUCACCUACAUACACAGGGAUUAUCUGAGUGUCAUAACCUAUGUCGGCUGCCUGAUCUCAGCUUUGGCAUCUGUUUGCACCAUCUUAUUCCUCUACUUCAGGAGCAAGCAGCGAGACCAGAUCACAAGCAUGCACAUCCACAUGAACCUGCUGGGUGCCAUCUUCCUCCUGGAUGUCACCUUCCUCAUCUCUGAGCAGUUGGCUUCCAGCAGCAGCGAGGCUGUCUGCAGAGCUGGUGGGCUCUUCCUGCACUUCUCCCUCCUGAGCUGCCUCACCUGGAUGGGCAUCGAGGGCUACAACCUCUACCGGCUUGUGAUCGAAGUCUUCAGCACCUACCAUGACCACUUCCUCCUCAAGAUCUGCCUGGUGGGCUGGGGACUCCCCUUUUUCUGUGUGAUGCUGAUCUUCCUGGCCAGUUGGAGAAACUACGGCCCCUUCUCCAUUCCCAUCUAUGAAUCCAUUGUUGGCAAAUCCACCAACGCAACCAUAUGCUGGAUUACGAGCCCCCUGAUCCAUAAUGUUGUGAACCUGGGUUUCUUCAGCCUGGUAUUUCUCUUUAACUCGGUCAUGCUGGGGGCCAUGGUCCGUGAGAUCCUCCGGCAGAACAACAAAGGCCACAAGCUCAAGCAUGUUCUUGCCCUCUUUGGGCUGAGCAUCCUGCUGGGCAUUCCCUGGGCACUGGUCUUCUUCUCCUUCACCUCUGGUGUCUUCAGCCUCAUUUCCCUCUACCUCUUCACCAUUAUCAACUCCCUCCAAGGCUUCCUUAUCUUUCUCUGGUACUGGACCAUGGUGCUGCAGGCAAGGAAGUCCUCUGAUUUGUAGAGCAGCUCCGACAGCAUCAAACUGCAGCCCAAGAGCAGGCAGAGCCAAGGA